AUGGCGGCAAACAACCCAUUCAAUAAUCUGCUACAGGCUAUCAAUGUAAACGGAAAGACUUAUAAAUAUUAUGAUAUUAGUCAGCUUGGAGAAAAAUUUGACCGUCUGCCGUUCAGCAUCCGAGUGCUGCUGGAGUCUUGCGUUCGGAACUGCGACAACUUCCAAGUGCUCGAGAAGGACGUCCAGAAUGUUCUAGAAUGGGAAAAGAACCAGACAGCCGAUGACGUCGAGGUCGCCUUCAAACCUGCUAGAGUUAUCUUACAGGACUUUACUGGUGUACCAGCAGUGGUAGACUUCGCAGCUAUGCGUGAUGCUGUACGAAAUUUAGGUGGUGAUCCAGAUAAAAUCAACCCAAUAUGCCCAGCUGAUCUUGUCAUAGACCAUUCUGUCCAGGUUGAUUUCUCUAGAAGCCCAGAUGCUUUGGUGAAGAACCAGGAAUUAGAAUUUGAAAGGAACAAGGAGAGAUUUCAAUUCUUAAAGUGGGGUGCCCAAGCUUUCAACAAUAUGUUAAUAGUACCACCAGGUGCUGGAAUAGUACAUCAGGUAAAUUUGGAGUAUUUGGCUCGAGUGGUGUUCACGGAUGACUUGCUCUAUCCAGACUCCGUGGUAGGGACAGACAGUCACACCACCAUGAUUAAUGGGUUGGGAGUGGUGGGAUGGGGCGCUGGAGGUAUCGAAGCGGAGGCCGUCAUGCUGGGUCAAGCUAUAAGCAUGCUGCUACCAAAAGUUGUCGGGUACAAAUUGAUUGGUGAAUUAAAUCCCAUGGCCACUUCUACCGAUCUCGUUCUCACUAUUACCAAGCACCUCCGUUCACUGGGUGUGGUGGGUAAAUUCGUGGAGUUCUUCGGCCCAGGAGUGUCGGCUCUCAGUAUAGCCGACCGGGCGACUGUGGCCAACAUGUGUCCAGAAUUUGGUGCAACGGUCGCCUUUUUCCCGGUCGACGAACGCUCUUUGGACUAUUUAGGACAGACCAAUCGCUCGGAGGAAAAAAUCAACAUCAUCAAACAAUACCUCAAGGCAACAAAACAGUUCAGAGAUUACAAUAACACUGACCAAGAUCCCGUUUUCUCUGAGGUGGUAGAGCUAGACCUUUCUACUGUCGUCACAUCAGUGAGCGGGCCCAAGAGACCCCAAGAUCGAGUGUCAGUCUCUAACAUGAAGAAAGACUUCGGGGAGUGUCUCACUAAUAAGAUCGGCUUCAAAGGAUUUGGCCUAUCACCGAACAGCCUUUCAUCAUCCGGCUCCUUCACCUUUAGUGAUGGCCAGACCUACUCCAUCACCCAUGGCUCAGUCAUCAUCGCGGCGAUCACCUCGUGUACUAACACAUCUAACCCUAGUGUUAUGCUAGGAGCUGGUCUCCUAGCAAAGAAAGCAGUAGAGAACGGUCUAAGCGUGUUGCCAUAUAUAAAGACAUCUUUGUCUCCUGGUUCUGGUGUUGUCACAUACUAUCUCAAGGAGUCCGGAGUGAUACCGUACUUGGAAAAGUUGGGCUUUGACGUUGUUGGAUACGGGUGCAUGACUUGCAUUGGAAACUCUGGACCGAUAGAUGACAACAUUGCUAAUACUAUCGAAAAGAACGAGCUGGUCUGCUGCGGUGUGCUAUCCGGGAACAGGAACUUCGAGGGUAGGAUCCAUCCAUACACCCGCGCUAACUAUCUGGCGUCGCCACUGUUAGUAAUAGCGUACGCUCUCGCUGGGACGGUGGACAUCGACUUUGAAACACAACCUCUUGGCAAGCGGUCUGACGGCAGUCCUGUCUUCCUUAACGACAUUUGGCCUACCCGGGCCGAAAUCCAAGAAGUCGAGAACAAGCAUGUUAUCCCGGGAAUGUUUAAAGAGGUCUAUUCCAAGAUUGAGAAAGGCUCUUCAUCGUGGCAAGAGCUGGACGUACCGCAAGGGAAGAUAUACGGUUGGGAUCCCAACUCCACUUAUAUUAAGAAGCCACCGUUCUUCGAUGACAUGACAAGGGAUCUCCCCCCCGCGGUGAGUAUCAAGGGUGCCAGAUGUCUCCUUCUUUUGGGUGAUUCGGUGACCACAGACCAUAUUUCCCCAGCCGGGUCUAUCGCAAGGAAUUCUCCUGCAGCUAGAUACCUCGCUGGUAGAGGCCUCACGCCCCGCGAAUUCAACUCGUACGGAUCAAGGAGAGGCAACGACGCAAUAAUGUCGCGAGGAACGUUCGCUAACAUUCGUCUAGUGAACAAAAUGGUGGACAGCGCAGGUCCCAAGACCAAACAUUACCCCAGCGGGGAUGUUAUGGACAUAUACGAUGCGGCUGAGAGAUACGCGAACGAGAAAGUGCCUCUGAUAGCUGUUGUUGGAAAGGACUACGGUUCCGGCUCAAGUAGAGAUUGGGCAGCGAAAGGCCCGUUUUUGCUGGGCAUAAAAGCCGUGAUAGCUGAAUCUUUUGAGCGUAUCCACCGAUCCAAUUUGGUGGGGAUGGGCAUCAUGCCACUCCAGUUCCUGCCAGGUGAGAACGCGGAAACACAUGGACUCACUGGACAAGAGACGUACCAAAUCGAUGUACCCGAAGACUUGAAGACGCAUCAAUUGCUGACUGUACAGGUAUCCUCGGGCAAAUCAUUCCAGGUGAAAGUACGUUUCGACACAGAGGUCGACCUAACAUACUUCAGGAACGGUGGAAUACUUAACUACAUGAUCAGGGGGAUGCUGUGA